AUGCAGAUGUUUUUCGUCGCCGCUGGACUCGCGGCCUGUCUUGCCAUUCACCGGCGUCCAAUUCAAGGCGGAACGGCCUUGCUCCUCAUAUUUAUUGAACUGAUUCUCACGCUCGCUUAUACCUUUGUGCUUGGCCAAGGCUUCUUGGCUUCUACACAGUAUGCUAUACUAGGCACCGCGCAGACCCUCCUUACCCUUGUGUUGUCGACCGUCGCCUAUCGACUCUCUCCUUUCCACCCUCUGGCUAGUUUCCCCGGGCCUAUCGUGAACAAGAUCACGAGCCUACGCAUUCUAUACGUGGUAGCCACAGGACGUAGACAUCUGUAUAUCGAGAGCCUGCACCGCAAGUACGGGAAGUUCGUGCGCACGGGUCCAAACACUCUAUCCAUCAAUUCGCAUGCAGCAGUCGCGCCUAUCUACGCCAAUGCGAACGCAUUCGACCGUAGCAACGCCUACAUUCUCCCGGGAUCUACUGAGAAGGGCAUCUUUUUCAUGACAUCCCGAACCCAGCAUGGUGCACGUCGCCGGUUCUGGGCAGGCGGGUUCACCUCACAGUCGCUCGCGAACUACUUCCCAACACUUGUCAAACGCACUGAUCAACUUAUGGACUGCAUCGCGAGGCGAUCUGACCGUCACGGCAACGUCGAUAUUGGCGACUGCAUUCAGCAUUGGUCAUAUGAUGUCAUGGGAGAUCUGACCUUUGGAGGAUCCAACCGUUUGGAGCUGAUGGAAGAGGGAGAUCCCCGGGAGCUUGUCAAAAGCGGCCAACUUGCUACUUGUGUCUUUGAGAUUCUGGGCGAAGUACCUUCUCUCUUCCAGAUAGCGUGGUAUCUCCCCGCUACCGCUAUAGUUCGUCGCCUGGAGGAUCUCGCAUACGACAUGAUGCUUGCGCGAAGAGCAUCGGGUGACACUGACAACGACUUAUCCUCGCACAUACUUCGAGGUAUCAAUGACGACGAUCCUUUCGUGGAUGAAUAUCUGCGCAUGGAUGCGAUAUUUGCUAUCCAGGCUGGUUCCGAUACCACCACCGGAGUAGUCACCCUGACUAUAUAUCUUCUCCUAUCCCACCCCGACGUUGCCGAAAGGCUACGGAAUGAACUCAGGAGCGCAUUUCCCAGUCGCGACGACGUGUCGAUACAGGCCCUCGACGACCUCGCCUAUCUUGACGCUGUUGUUACUGAAUCUUUGCGGCUCGGCAGCCCCUUCCCUGGGCUACCUCGCGUCGUCCCCGACCAAGGCCACGUGAUUGAUGGCGUAUAUGUGCCAGGUGGUACUAUAGUCGGCGUACCUGCAUACGCGCAGGAGGUUGCGGAAGAGAACUUCUGGCCAGAACCGAAGGCGUAUAAACCUGAACGCUGGCUUCCCGGUGGACUUGGCCCCGGUUCUCGCGCUUGCAAGGCAGCCAUCAUGACGUUCUCAUAUGGCCCAUUCGGAUGUCUGGGGAAGGCUCUGGCGAUACAAGAACUCAAGCUCCUUAUCGCACAACUUCUUCUGACCUACGAUUUCAAGUUCACGCCUGACUUCGACCCACGGGCGUUUGAAGCCGGUGUUCGCAAUCUGCGUACUACAUUGUUCGACCAUCCGCUGAAGGUUCAAGUUGCUAGACGAGCUCAGAUCUGA